GGCGGCGGAAGCCUGGCCCCGCCCCGUGGCUAUUGGGAGCGGCUGCUGGGCGAGCGAAGCGCUGUCCCGCCGGUGCGUCUGAAGCCGGAGAGACGCGCCUGGCUUGGGCUGGACGUUUGUUUCCUCGGGGAAAGCGGAGCGGAUUUCCACCGGAGCAGAGCCAACACAUAGCACAUCUCAGGUUCAUUCUCAUCAAAGAAGUGAAGGGUAAUGGGCUUUACUGAGUUGCUUAAUAUGGCAUUCGUUUUAUGGAAAUCUGUCUUGGACUACUAGCUCUAUUCAGUUUUAUUAUACAACAGUCAGGUUUCUUUUAAAAAAUGUCAGAACUCAACCCUACAUCUGGAUUAAUAGGAAAUAUGGAAAAUGGAACUUUCCUGGAACUGUACCCCACUUCUCUCUCAACAUCCAUGGAUUCAUCUUCGGGACGUAUGUCUAAUGUUUAUGUCUAUGUGUCAAUAUUUCUCAGCCUCCUUGCUUUUCUUCUCUUGCUAUUAAUCAUUGCCCUCCAGAGGCUGAAGAACAUCAUCUCUUCUAGUUCGUCCUAUCCAGAAUAUACCAGUGAUGCUGGGAGCUCCUUCACUAACUUAGAAGUCUGUAGCAUUUCCUCUCAGCACUCUGCUUUUUCAACCCUUUCUUCGUGAAAAAAGACAUGAAAGGGAAUACGUUGGGGAUGGAACCACAAUUUUGUCUAACUCUUGGGAUGCAAGGAAAGUUACUCAUGCAAUAUCUGCCAUGGAGGACUACCAAUCAUAAGCAAUCUUUAAUAUUCAUUUGUAUUUUUAUUUUUCUUUGUAGUCUCCUUUCCCCUUUUUAUUGUUCUUUUCACCUCUCAGCACAUAAACUGACAUAUAUCUAUAGUAGCAUUGCAGAUUUAUAGCAUUUCCCCUGCCCAUUCUGAAGAUGAAACAGAGAUUUAAACUGAACAUUGAGUAUCCUAUUUAGCUAUGAUUCAUUGAACCCAAAAUAUUUGAUGGCCUUUCCCAGAAAUGGUGUUAUAGUAUUCAAAAUAGAUACCCUGAUUCAUUGAAACCUCUUGGCCUAGCCAUUUAAAGCUUUAUUGUGUUGUAUUUCCAGAACUUAAGGCAAUUUAAGACAACAAAACCAAGUUAAACUAGAGCUCAAAAGUGUGUUGCUGAGAUUUACUUGUAUAUUAUACUGAAUACAAUCCUCUGUAUGUCAGACAUGAUUGUUUUAUUUUAAAUCAAAUAUAAUAAAUGUGCUUGCUAGUUCAUUUUAA